AUGUUCCCCGCCCGCGGCGGGGCGGCCUGGCUGGACGGGGGCCCCGCCAACGCGUCCGGGGGGCGCCCGAACACCUCGGCCUGGGAGCGGCCGAGCUUCCGCAUCCUGCAGGAGGUGGCGGUGCCGGCCCGCGCCGCCCUGGCGCUGCGGAUCCUGAUCGCCGCCGUUUACCUGGGCGUGUGCGCCCUGGGCGCGGUGGGCAACCUGCUGGUGCUGCUGCGGGGGCGGCCGCGGCGCCCCCGCUCCAGCCUCGACGCCUUCGUGCGCAACCUGGCGGCCACCGACCUGCAGUUCGCGCUGACCCUGCCCUUCUGGGCCGCCGACACGGCGCUGGACUUCAGCUGGCCCUUCGGGGGCCCGCUCUGCACCCUGGUGCUCUCCGCCACCGUGCUCAACAUGUACGCCAGCGCCUUCUUCCUCACCGCCCUCAGCGUGGCCCGCUACCGCUCCGUGGCCUCCGCCCUGCGGCGCCCCAGCGGCCGCCUGCGCCCCGGCUCCGUGCGCUGCCUCUGCGCGCUCCUCUGGGCCGCCGCCUGCCUGGCCACCCUGCCCGCCGCCCUCUUCUCUGCCGUGCGCCGCGUGGCCGGCGAGCCGCUCUGCCUGCUGCACUUCCCCGAGGGCCGGGACUGGCUGGCCCUCUACCACCUGCAGAAGAUCCUGCUGGCCUUCGUGCUGCCCCUGGCCACCCUGAGCCUCUGUUACCUGCUGCUGCUGCACCGUCUGGGCAGCGCCCGGCCCCGGGGCUCCCGGGUCACCCGCGCCGUCACCAUCGCGGUGCUGGCCUUCUUCCUCUGCUGGCUGCCCAACCAGGCCCUCACCCUCUGGGGCGUGCUGGUGAAGCUGGGCGCCCUGCCCUGGGACAGAGCCUACUACCUGGUGCACGCCUACCUCUUCCCCGUCACCGUGUGCCUGGCGCACGCCAACAGCGGCCUCAACCCCCUGCUCUACUGCCUGCUGCGCCCCGAGUUCCGCCAGCGGCUCCGGGAGCUGUGCUGGGGCCGCGGGAGGAUGGGAGCCAGGGCGCGGAGCCUUGGCACCGGGUGACCCUCCCUUCAUUCCCCAGCACCCUCGGGGGAGCGGCUGCGGCAGCGCCCGGGAAGGCGCAUUGGGCCACCUUGGAAGCCAGGCUUCCAGGGCAGCUCCAGGCGACGCUGUGCUGACCUGACGACUCUUGGCCUGGACCCAGGCCCCGCAGCUCAGCCCCCGUGCGCUCCCGGGCCCGAGCCCGAGCCCUUCGGCUGCAGGCCAAAGGAGAUCCCAAAGUUCCUGCAAACUCCGCCGGCUCGGUGCAAUUCCCGCGGGCACCGGCGCGGAGUAAAGAAAGGAAGGGGGUGGAAAGCACCAGCUCUUAGGGAUGUGGUUCGUUCGCUGCGGGCAGAAGGGGAUUUAGAGUUACCGCUUGCACGGCCCUCGGGCAGGCACCGCCCACGGUACAAUCACAGCCGGGUGUGCAGCAUGCGGGUGCUGUCGGUUAGCAAUCGGAUGGGCGGCGCAUUUCCAGGCAACUGCAGUGUGCUUCUAGGAGCGCCAGCCGCCCAGGGGACUGCAAAGGCUCGGGGAGGACAAAGAUCCCCUCGAAAUGAACUCCCCCGCGCACCAUUUCUAGCGAAGAGUGUGGAAAGGGUGCGCGUGGACUGGGCUUUGAUAACGUGGGGUGACAGAAUCAUCCGCCACGCCUAAAACUGUAUUUGUCUCCUCAGCUCCAAAGCCAGGCUGAACAGGUGUGAGCGGGGUGAGAUCACUCUUCCCUGGCAAAGAGAUCUCCCCCUUCAUCUGGAGGGGGGCUGGAUUUGCUUCAGCGCAGCAUGGCACCUUUUCUCCGCUGGGUACAGUGCGGGCACAGUGGGUACAAAGGCUUCAUUGGCAUCCCAGAUACAAAAUGUGUUGUCUUAAAUGUGAGUCUUCACAUGAAUCAUUGUAAAGUGCAUAUUUAUUUGUAUGUCUUAUUUUGUGGCAAGCUGAAGUCAGCAACAUGACAGCUCAACCUCAGAGCGAGCCCUUUACACUGUAUUAGCCCUAGGAUUUGUUUGUAUUUUAUUGGUAUUACUGCCGUGCUUAGAGCUCUUGCCAUGGAUCAGGCACCGUAUAAACACAGAACAAGGACAGUCUCUGCCCCAAAGAGCUUCCCGGCUUGGCAAACUGACAUCAGCUCACCAGAAUCUUUAAUUUUGAGAAGGGUUUUACUUUAAAAGAUGAUUUAUGAACUUUCCCACUGGCCUAAGAAAAUGGAGAUAAUGUUAGCACAGAAGGGCAGCGAAGUAUGAACUAUUUUUACAGUGGUUCUUUAGGUUUGAUUUGUACAAAAACAUGAAUGACCUGUAAAUAGCCAGAUCCUUGUGCCAUUCUUACAAGCUGCUUCUUGUGCUAUGUAAUGAAGGCUCCACACUAAAC